AUGCCGCGUCGAUCCCACGAUAGUGGCGACCUUUGUGCCGUAUUCAUCCAUGCAGGAGCCGGGUAUCAUAGUCACCAGAACGAACGAAUGCACCUAACUGCUGUAAAUGAUGCGGCCAAAGUUGCUAUGGCUGUCUUGAAGAAUGGAGGCGAUGCCGCUGAUGCGGUCGAGAUGGCAAUUCGGUUACUGGAAGACAAGGAGAUUACCAAUGCAGGAUACGGGAGCAAUUUGACCAUGCAAGGACAGGUUGAAUGUGAUGCUACCAUGAUGGACCACCUGGGUCGCAGCGGUGCAGUCGGGGCAAUCUCACAGGUCAAAAAUCCAAUUGCCGUGGCUCGCCUGGUUCUCGAGGAAUCCACGAAACCUCUGUCUCUACAACGCGUACCACCGAAUCUUCUUGUCGGGCCCGGAGCAACCGACUUUGCAGCUGACAAAGGUGUACCUAUCCUGCCUCCUGAUUUCCUAGUCUCGUCAAAUGCACGUCAACGUUGGGUCAGAUGGAAAAUAGAUCUUGAAGAUGCCCGGUUGAAAGAAGCUGAGGCCCAGGAGCAAGAACAAACUCACGGACAAGCUUCCAUGGUCGCCCAUGGAUUUUCCUCCAUCCCUUCUGCAUCAGUCUUCGCCAGUCCUUCAUCUUCCCCUUCAGCUCUUGGGCAGCCUCCAACCCUGUCAAAGUUACCUGCCAUGGUUCGACCCCUGGUCGCUUCUACUGCGGACAUACCGACUUUGGCACGGGUCGGAGAUGACAGAACCCCCAGGCUCCCAUCGCCCAUGAAGACGUCGCCCAACUUUACACCAGAGCUACCCGGUUCCACCGAGCCUGGCUCAACCGAUGAAUCUGAAACUGCGAUUGAUGACAACAUGCCGUGGAUGACCUCGGCCUCUAAACGACAGAGAUUAAAUGGAUCUUUCGACGGCCCAAUGGGAAUGAGCGACGAGGACGAGGAUCCCAAAGAUCAGCUCCUGGUGGGCACACAGGCAAGUUGUGAGAUAACCGAGGAACGAGAAGACAACAUCACCGACACAGUCGGAGCAAUAGCGGUGGAUUGCUUUGGUCGAAUCGCAGCCGGUUCGUCUUCCGGAGGCAUCGGUAUGAAGCACAAAGGACGUUGUGGCCCGGCCGCUCUAGUCGGAAUCGGGACCUCUGUGAUCCCUGCCGAUCCACAAGAUCCAGCACAAACCUGCGUUGCCACUGUCACAAGUGGUACGGGAGAACACAUGGUCACGACCACGGCGGCGGCCACGGCGGCCGAUCGGAUCUACAGUUCGGUGCGCAAGGAGAACGGGAAGCUGAAGCCGUGUAACGAGGAUGAAGCCAUGUAUUCCGUCAUCCAGCACGACUUCAUGACCCACCCUGGAGUCAGCAACAGCCACUGCGCAGGCGCCAUUGGCAUCCUGGCGGUGAAGAAGUCCCGCGACGGCAUUCACUUUUACUUUGGUCACAACACGGAUUCGUUCGCCUUGGCAUCGAUGCACUCGGAAGAACGGAAACCGGUGUGUACCAUGUCACGCAGCAAAGGUCAUGGGUCGAUUGCGCAGGGAGGGCGAUCUACUCGAAUCAAGAGCGGUCGCCUCCGUGGCUGA